GGUGUCUGGUCAGCAUUUUGAAAUGUGUUAGAUCGAUCAGCUGUUGCUGCCUAUCACAGAAUAAUAAUUGUGUUUAGACAAAAGUAAACAGUAACUAGUAGUUUACAAGGUCAGCUUUAUCAAAGAGUUUGUUACAUCCAAUUAGACCUCAUUAGUCAGGAAACCGAAACCAAGGAGAAUUUGCAGAAAGAAAUGGCAAUGGAGAGCACAAAAGCAGUGGAAGUGGAGCUGGAGGAGAUUGCUACGUCUGAAGAGAAAGAGGAAAACGAAAAAAGUCGGGAAACAAAAGAGAAUGAAGGAAAUGUAUACUCUGCUCUGAGUCACCCCUCUGAUCAUGUUUAUGGUGAACCUGCUCCAACUCCUACAUGUACCUAUACAUUCAAUGAAGAUAUUGAACGGAAGGUUCGUGUUUACCGCAUCAUUUCAGUGGUGCUUUUUGCCAUCUGCGUCCUGUUGAUGAUGGUUGUCUUCGUACUCUCUGUAAAGGUGACUGGGAAGCAGUCAUGUCAGAUUGUAGAACCAAAAGAAAUGCCAGCGGCAAAAGAAUGCAACCGGAAGAAAUGCCAAGAAAUGUACCAACUGCAGACUUCUUGUCUGCACAAUUAUUGUGAAAGGGGCUGGCUGAAUUUUGAGGACUCUUGUUAUUUCUUGUCCAAUAAACGCCUGAGUUGGCAUGAGAGUAGGGCGGAGUGCCAGAAGAAGGGAGGAGAUCUUGCCAUCAUUACUAAAGAACGUUUGCAGAGAUAUCUAAGUGAAAACGGCAAUGUGCACUACUGGAUUGGGCUCAAUCUAGGGGGGACAAAUCAGUGGAUAUGGAACAACAACACCGUAUUGACAGUGAGAUAUUGGGGUAAAAAACUUUUGGAUGGGAAAUGUGCUCUCCUGGCUGCAAAUGAACCACCUGAACGAAGCUGGCACCAAUCUGACUGCGCAUUGUCCUUACACUACAUCUGUCAGAAAACAAGAGCUUAAUAUCUGCUCAAAUACACCAGCACAUAAAUCACAUACAUAUACAUCAGUAACAUCUUUUAGCUACAUAUCAGAAUUUCAGAACUCAUUAUAAUCAAACUCAAAGCAAUCAAUACAGCAUUUUUUCAAAGCUUUUUUUCUAACUUACAAUGUGCAUUACAUAGUAUACCUUUACACAGCAGAGAAAGAUGUUUAUUAUUAUCCAGUUUAUUUGUCAGUAUUGUAAGUGGACACAAUUUAACUUUACCAAUCACAUACAGAGCCUUUUUUUGCACAAGCAUAUGUGUUGUACUACUGUACUAUCUGAUUUUAAAAUGCUCAUUUUGUAUUGCUUAAAUAAACUUUUACACUGAUAUUUAACAAA